AAGACCCUCGUUAUUUUCCCCGCGCAGAAGCGCAGAGCUCCUUGGGUAAAGAUCGAAACGUUUGGCAGUAGCUCCCUCUGCAGUUCCUGUCCAAUCGCGGCGUGACGAGUAGCAGCAUUUCCUUUCGCAGCCUUCUAAAUCCCACACUACUGCUAUUGACUAUCGGGGGCACGACGUUGGAGGAAAGGAGAACCGUUCACGAGCGGAUUCUACCGAGUCUGCAGCAUUAAACGCGCGGAGCGCAAGAGAACGUGGGCUAAGGGAUGGCCCCAAAAACCGUCGCUGUCAGCCUCAGCUUGCUGAUCAUUAGCAUUUUCUUACGCUUGACCUGGGCAUUAAGGGCCCAACCGGUCGUCCCCUGCCAGGCCCCGCUGCAAUGGGAGGGCCGCACGGUGGAGUACGACCACAGCAGCGGCAGGAAUAUCCGUGCCAUGGUGUCUUACGACAGUCCUAACCAGCGCCUCCGUGUUCUGGAAGAAAAAAAGAGGUUCGUCCCUUGCAAAAAAUUUUUUGAAUACAUAUAUCUUUAUAAAGAUGCAGUAAUGUAUCAGAUUGAACAACUGACAAAGCUGUGUUCCAAGAUUUCUUUGAGUGAGCCUUGGGAUCCUUAUGACAUUCCUGACAACUCAACGUAUGAAGAUCAGUACUACAUUGGAGGACCAAGUGAUCAAAUUAUGGUCCAGGAAUGGUCUGACAGGAAGCCAGCUAGGAAAUUUGAAAAUUGGGUGGGAGUUUACACAGUCAAGGACUGUUACCCAGUUCAGGAAACCUACACCAAGAACUACAGUGUGACAACCUCCACUCGUUUCUUUGACCUCAAGCUUGGGAUAAGUGACCCAUCUGUUUUCAGCCCUCCCAGCACUUGCCAGACAGCUCAGUCAGAAAAGAUGACUUAUGUAUGCUGAUGAUAGAUAUUGGCUUCUACAGUACAUACAUAGCUCAAUGUGUAUUAUUAAUAGCUGGCUGAUAAUGUCUAAUAUGACUGUUGCACUUUGCAGAAUGCAGGUUCUUAUAGACUAGAAAUGGAAUAAACUAUCUUUUGAGCCUUGUUAUUCUAAAUGUGAUCUCAUAUCCUACAACUGUAAGCAAAUGAUCAUAUUUCUUUUAGCUGCUAACAUCCUCUGGCAGAAGCUUUUUCUGUUUUUUCAGUAUAUCUCUAAAAGCAUAUUAAAAUAUGAAAUGUGUUAAUUUUAGAGAGCUGGGGAAAAACUACAUUACAUGUAGCAGAUCAGGUGUUAUCAUAACAUGGCACCUAAAGGUGCUUUUUCAAGAGCCAACUGGACUUUCUUGUUUUUCUUUGAAGACAUUUUGCUUCUUAUCCAAAAAUCUUCAGCUCUGAGUGAUUGGUAGGGAAUGGAAGUAUUUAUGCUCCUUGCAGACAGUUAGUCAUUUGCAUUCUUUUAGAGAGUCAUCGAGGGUACUUGGAGGUUUAUUUGUAUCCUCAGGGUCAUCUGAGUACUGCAAAUGGGUGUGGAGUCUUCUUGGAAUUACUAAAAGGACUGUGUUGUACACUGGAAAUAGAUGAUGUCAUAUCCCUCACCCACUGUUGAGAGAGGGCUAUUUAAUUUUGACCUAUAUACCCUCUUUGACCUGUCUUUCAAACUAGCGGUCCUCUUUGUCCAAAAUGUAGACUCAAAGAAAAACGAAGUCCAUUUGCCUCUUGAAAAAGCAUCUGUGGGACAAUCAUGACCUGGAUGAUUGAGAAUCUCCAUAAGAUGGCAUAUUGUAACAAAAUGAUUUUCUGAAAACUGCUAUAGUGAAUGAAUAAUCUCUUAUUUAUUAAAUAGAUUUAUAUGGCAGCCCAACUCACACAUGAUGACUCCAAGUACCAUACAUCAUUAAAAAACAACAAUAUAAAAACUCCGGGAGACCCCUCACCCAUGGUGGUAACAAAUGCAAUAAUAUGGAGCCACUGACGGACUCUGAAUCAGUCUGGGAUCCCCUGAUCUGCUGACAGAACCAUAUCUUCAGGGCUUUCUGAAAAAAUAGCAAGCAGAGGGUCAACUUAUUUCCAAGGAAAUGAUAUUUCAGAAGAAGGGAGCCACUAUAGAGAAAGCCCUUCUUUUAGAUCCUGUUUAGUGAACCUUCUUAAUAGACGGGACUCACAAUAUAGCCUGCCUUCCCAUUUUGGUGAUCUGGGUAGAUGAAAAAGGUUUCUGUCAAGAGUCAUUUAAAGUUCAGGUGAAUUUUUGAGAUAUAGAGAAUGAGAAACUAUAUAUAAAUCUUAUUUUCCCGUAUGAAAAGAUCUAUCUGAUGCUUUUCUUGUCUUCAUAGUCACUAUUAAAAUAUAUACAAUGUCUUGUCAGGAAACUUUAAAACACUUUUAAGAAAUAUGCAACAUAGUUAUUAUUUUGAUAGUCCAGAAGAGAAGUAAAUAUAGUGAAGAUUAUUGUUAUGUCAGCAAGACUAAGAAUAAUCACCAGAAUCACUAUUAGUUUUGGAAAUGGAAACAAAUUCAAGAAGAAAAAAGUUUUAAUGGGUCAUACAAUUUAUUUUGAUUAUAUAAUCAAAAUUAAAUUACGGAUAGUCCUCCAGUUACCACAGUUCACUUAGUGAUGGUUUAAAGUUACAACAGCCCCAUUAAAAGUACUUAUGACCCAGUCCCAAAGUUACAUCUGUUGUAGCACCACAGCGGUCAUUCACCCUUACAACUGAGAUGCAGAGAUGCUGCAAUAUGCUCCCUGCCUAUUUUCCCCCAUCAUGCCCUGUCGGGUAUCUGCAGGCAUUGAGUUUGCUUUGGUAGCCCACCACAUUCCACAUGCUUCUCCCCAUCUGUCACUGACCUCUCGUUUGCCUUUGGAAGAUCUCCAGAACUCAAGACAUCAAUGUGAAGUUGUUUUCCUUAGACCCUGUGUUCUUACAUAUACUUCCAUCUUCUUUGGAAAAACAUUUUUGCAAUUUGCGAGCGCUGGGUUUGCCUCUCCCAUUCCCUACUGAACCCCAGCCUAUCUCACAAAUGGGCGUAGACCUGCCCUGCCACUUACUGGAGUGCCAAACCUGCCUGGUUGUCUCCAUUUGUGUCACCGCACAAAGGGAGGCCUUGGGUGGUUGGAGGCAGUGGUCUUGUGUCUGCACUAGGCCUUCAAUGGUUUUCACUCUUGAGGUACCCGAUAUGCUCUUAACGACCUGUGCAUUCAAUUAACAAAUGCAUUGGAAAGAGGAGGGAUGGGCUCGUUCCUUUUACGUAAUCCAAUUAACAAAUCCUCAAGCUAGAAUGUAACUGGCAGGCUCCAUUACAUUCAUAAUUCAAGGAUUUCCUGUAGAAAUAAAGUACAUAUGUGUAAAAUAUGUAUUGUUACUCUGAUUAUAGUUUUUUUCAUUCCAGAAAAUACAUAUUGUAACCCUAAUCCUUUUGCAGUUGACUAGUGGUGAUUUCAUUAAUGCCAGUGGUGUCCAUAUGAAGCUCCAAAUAUUUUGAAUUUGCAGCCAAAGCACCUAUCACUUUUGGUAUUGUCUUUGUUUUCUUUUGCCAUAGUUGUUCUGUAGGUAUUUGAUUUUCUCCAGUUCUUUCUUUUUUAUUCUGUUGUCUCCAUUAUUGCAGUGUCCAAUAUCCAGACCUUUUUAUCUUAUCAACAGUUGUUAAGUCUGGGAUGUUAUGUGACAGCUGCUUGUCUUUUUGAAUUCUGAAGUCCUGGAGCACUUUAGCUUCUUCACUUUUUUAUUAUUUUGUCUAUUUUGUGAUCCCGCCAGUUCUUGCUUGUAGGCUGUUACCUCUUUUCUAUUCUUCAUUUGGUUUUUCUUGUAGACUAGUUUGGUCUCUUUAUACUCAGUAAACUAUUCUUUAAUUAGAAUACAACAAUGAUAACUUGAAUAUCAGUAUAGCCUUGAAGAGAUUUCCCAACUACUUUUCUUCCAUGUUAAAUGACUUAUGAACUAGGGAUUCUCUGUACACAACUUGAAAAGCUAGUUCAUAUAAAUCGUAUCUUUUAAUUUUAGUUGUUGUAAGAGUGAAUAAUGUACUGAUUCCUUCUGAAAAUUUGUGAAGUGGUAAACAACAUAGAAAAUCUGUGUAUUAAUUAUGAAAUCUCUAGACUGAGACAUGUUUAUGCAUGAUUCACUAAGGUCUUUUACAUACACAUUUAUUCCUAUAUCAGAAGAUGAAAGCAUCUCCUAUUGUAACCACCUCUCUUAACAAAGAACAAUGCAGUCCUGAGUGAUGAUUUGACAUUUAAUUUUAAUUUCUCCAUAACUAUUUCUUCAAUAAUUGGUCAGGUAUUCUAGGUGUUCCUUCUACUCUGAUGUACUUCUACUUAUUAAUUCAUUGUUGGAACAAUUAAUUUUAUUGUGAGACUUUUGUUUGCAUGCUAUUUUUAUUUUUACUAUAAAUAUUAAAUAUCUGUAGGAAAAUCUUGUAUUUGCAGAAGAUGAAAUGAAAAGGGGGUUAACAUAUAAAUGUCUUUACAAAUAAUUGGAGCUCUGUACGGAAUUUGUAAUUAUAGAGAAAAGCCUUUGGUUUUCACUCAACAUGUACAGUUUGGAGAUAAGGUAAUCAGGUGCUCAUAUUCAUUGUAAUUCUGUGAAUGUAUCAUUCAUAGGUGGAAUGUAUAGAAGGGAAAUUACCAUCUUCUAGGGUCAAAGAGAUAAAGGGAUUGUCACUUUAUUUAUAUUUGGAGCAGUUAGAAAAAUACGAAUUUAAUACAGGGGUGACAAUCUAUAUAUGUAUAUAUAAACGCGAAAACCACUUAUGCUGUAAUCACGAAAUCUCCAGAACAGGAAGCCUACAAACUUGAAAUUUGGCACAUAUGUUCCUCUUGGCUUCUAGGUGCUCACUAAGAAAGGAUUUUUCGAAAUGAGCAUCACAGCAUUAGUAUUUUGUAUAUUAUAAUUAACAUGCUCUGAUGCUAAGGAGUUCUACUCGCCCUCCCCACCCGAAAAUAAAUCUGUUCCAAAUGCAAAAUACAAGCAGAGGAGAGGAGUUUCACUUUCAGUUUUACUUUCACAGCAGGAAGCAGCUUUAAUACAGAACACUUGAGCUAAGCUGCGGCCAGGCUCCUUCCUGUUUCCUUGCUCACACAGCAAAUACUUUUUCACUUUCCAAACAGCCUUCUGAUGCUAAGGAGUUCUACUCCCCCCUCCCCACCUGAAAAGAAAUUUGUUCCAAAUGCAAAACACAAGCAGAAGAGAGGAGUUUCACUUUUACUUUCACAGCAGCAACCAGGGGAUAGGAUAGGGUAGGCUUCUGUGGGGCAAACCUGAAGGCGAGAAGGGGAUAGGAGAGGAGAGGCUUCUGUGAGGCAAGACUAAGGGAGAGAAGAGGAUAGGGGAGGCUUCUGUGGGGCAAGGCUGAGGGAGAGAAGGAGAUGGGAUAGGAGAGGCCUCUGUGCGGCAAGGCUGAGGGAGAGAAGGGGAGAGGAGAGGUCGAUUGUAACUACUCAUUAAUUUUCAAGCUGUAAGUGUUGAUUUAUCAAGCAUGAUCACAUAGUUUUGUAGCAAAGCAUUGGUAUCCAGCUAGUAUUUUAUAUUAGAGCUGUGCAUGCAUUCACAAGUAUUGUUUUGUGCCUUGUGUAAGCACUACCGGUACAACACUGCUAUUAAUUAAAACAACUGUAUCUGUUGUUUUGCUUUAAGAGUUUCUUGAAUUACUUAACUUCUGAAAACAAUGGCAUCAUUUUUAGGCUUGUAUGAAAGAUGGAAGAAAAACAUUACUACUAUAAUUAGUAGGGGAGAAAUGUGCUCAUGUGAAGCUCAAAGCCUUGCUUCAGAACGAGUUUUGAAGCAUGCACAGCCCUAUUACCAAGUAUAGGGCACUUUAAAGGAUAAUAAGCAGCAUUGUAAAUACCUGCUUUAGGGAGUUGACAGCUUAUUAACGCAAAAGGUGAACAGUUGAGGGAAAAUGAAAAUAUGGUAUAUAUUUACUUCAAUCAAUUAUACUUAGUUUUUCAUUAACCAGAGGAUAAGAAUAAAAAUUAAACAGAAGACCAAUAUUGUGGAAAUGAUUAAAGAAAAUAAAUUACUGGGAUCCAAAUCUAAAUUGUAGAUUUAGAAAAUAGUACAAUACAGGUAAGCAAGACUUGGAAGAAUUUGGAAGUAAAGAUUGAGCCAAGAGCAAAAAGGUGCACAUAGUAGGGAAUACAGAAAGGAAUUGCCAUGGAAUGUGAAAAGAAAUAUAUAUUUCUGUGAGUGAAAUAAGCCAUGAUGUGGUCUCGGAAGGUCAGAUAUUGUUUAAACUGAAAAAACUAUAAAAGCAUAAAUAAGUUUCUUAAGUGAUAUGGUCAAAAUACACAGGAUGCUCUAAAUAAAAUUGUGGUACUACAGGUAGUCCUUGAAGUAUGACUCUAAUGGAGCCUGGCCAUUUGUGUUGUAAGUCAAAACUCAUAAAAUAAGUGACUCAUUUUUUUAUCGUGUUUGUUAAGUGAAUCAUCUGGGCUGUUAAACAAACUAAAAUCAAGCUUGUUUGCUUCUGUUCAUUAAGAACCUCCACAAUAAUUAAGUAAAUCAAGAGGCUUGAGAAUGUGCAGGGCUUCCUGACAUGGCGCUCCAGAGGGAACCGCUGUUGCUGUUCAGUAGAUGUUCUGGCAAGAUGAGGCAGCCCUCCGCCUCUGAACUAAGCACUUCCAGGCAGUGUCUGGCACCCUCUCCAGCUCCAAAGUGAAAGAACCUCCUUGCACAGGCACGUACCUGGCAUGGCUCACCAGUUCCCUGCACCACAAGGCAAGAUUAGCCACUGCCUUGCCCUGCACUACCGGUGCCCUAAGCUCUUCAUCAACUGACGUGUGAUGCACAAGCUGCUCCCAAUCCUCACUGUGUUUUGCCUAUGUUUGAGACUUGACUUCGUGAUCAAACUGCAUAUCAAGAUGUUUUAGAGGCUCAGCUGGAAAAAAUCCAUGGGAGAUCGAUACUACUAUUCUGCAACAGAUAAGUUUGCGCUCCAGUAUUGAAACUGUUUAUAAAUACGGUUAACUUUCUCUAUAAUGAAAAACUAUUUGUCAUUCUGAGAUGGCUGUGGAGAAAAUGGUGGUGGGAAAUUAAGACUUCCUUGUUUUGUUUAACUUGUUUUUGUUUUUGAUUGGACUGCUUGUUUUGGAGUACCACUGUUUUUGUUCAGUUGUAUUAUAAUUAUAUUGUUCUUUAAAUAAAUUUUCUUUUCAUUUGUGAAGACCUUUUGGAAGGGAGAUUCCCAUUUUGCUUUACCUUAUAAUAUCCUAUUCUCUUUCUUUCCUAAUGUUUUUUUCCUUUGUGUAUCUUGAAGUAACUUAAUAAAUGUACGCAAAUACAAAAAAA